GCACCAAGACACCACAGAAGAGGAAGGCCCGGCCGCGGCUUGCUUUCCGGUUUAAUGGACGCGGUCGUCAGUGACUACUAAACUGUAGUGAGGCCACCGACAGGACGCAGUUGUUCAGGAUGCUGCUGGUUUUGUCUGAGGACCAUAAAGAACACCUCGCCUUCCUGCCCAAGGUUGACACCGCAGUGGUUGGAGAGUUUGGUCGCAUAGCACUGGAGUUCCUGAGGAGAGGAACUAGCCCCAAGAUCUAUGAGGGAGCAGCAAGGAAGCUGUGUGUUCCUGUGGAAAUGGUGCAUCAUGGAGUGGAGGGCCUGAUGUUCCUGAUGACAGAGAGCUCCAAACACAUGAUCUCUGAAGUGGACUUCCUGGACUCAGUGUUGGCUUUGGGGUUCAGUGAAGAGCUUAACCAGCUCCUCUUACAGCUGUACCUGCAGCACCACAGUCAGAUCCGCAGUAUUUUGAGUCAGCUGCCUUCCAACCUACCCUCCUACCACAGCCUCGAGUGGAGACUGGAUGUACAGUUGGCGAGUCGAUCAGCCCGGCAGCAGGUCAUUCCCAUGCUCACGAUGCAUCUGCUCCUGACGAGAGGUUGUGACAGCAGCAGCAGGGUUCUCCAGACGGACCCCCGCACUCUCCUGCACCUCAUCUUCACACUGGAGGCUGCGUUGGCUGCCAUGAAAACCAGCCACUCCCGCCGCAUAUUACGCAACAUCAAAUAAUCCCUAAGGUCACUUUCUGUAUGACUUGUGCCUCCUGCAAAACACCACAUCACUGCCUUUUAUACCUGAGAAAACAUUAAGCAGUGUCUGUAUUCUUCAGUAAAGUGUUGAAUGUUUGAUUUGAUCCCGGAUGUUAAGUCAAGUUUCUGCCCAUUUGAUUGGCAAAUGAUCAUCACUUUACUACGCUUGAGUUUCUUUGUGCCAAAUGAUACUUACUGUAUUGUAUAUAACUUUCUACAUUGUUACUGUGAUUGUGUAAAACUUUAAUACAGAGAUAAAACACCUG